GACGACACCUUCAUUGGAUUGAUCACGAUACUGCAUGCAACCACCAUUACCCUCGAGCUCACAGGGCUCUCUCACUAACGCCCUACAAUCCGGAUCUGGAUCUGGAAUGCGAUACAAUAAUAUGCUCCAGCAACAAUUGCAACAAAACUCCAUGCAAGCUCACGAUUCCCGAUAUGAGUAUACCAAUUACCAAAAUAUCGUACUGGCCAAUCAAAAUCUAAUGCAACAGCAACAACUUCAGCAAGCAAAGAAAAUCAACUCGGAUCAACUUGCGCAGAGAUCCUUGCAAGCGGAAGAGAGGAUUUAUGCUCUAAUUUUGGAUUUGAUGAACCCCAACCUUCGUGAACAGGCUCUUCUCGAGCUUAGCAAAAAGCGCGAGAUGUAUGACGACCUUGCUAUCAUCCUAUGGCACUCAUAUGGUGUCGUGUCGAUUCUUCUGCAAGAAAUUAUUUCAGUGUACCCCCUAUUAUCUCCACCCGCACUCACUGCCGUUGCAUCCAACCGUGUUUGUAAUGCUCUAGCUCUACUCCAAUGUAUUGCUAGCCAUAGUGCCACCAGGCCACUUUUACUUAAUGCCCACAUUCCACUAUUUCUAUACCCUUUUUUGAACACCACAAGCAAAACAAGAGCGUUUGAAUAUUUGCGCUUGACCAGUCUUGGUGUCAUUGGAGCUUUUGUGAAGAAUGACAAUUCUGAAGUGAUCAACUUUUUACUGUCGACUGAGAUCAUUCCCCUAUGUCUUAGAACGAUGGAAAAUGGGAGCGAGCUGUCUAGAACGGUGGCAAUCUUCAUUGUACAGAAAAUACUGAUGGAUGAUGCUGGACUAGUCUACAUUUGCCAAACAUACGAAAGAUUCUAUGCGGUUACAACUGUUCUAAAUGAUAUGGUUAGUCAGCUGGCCGAGACUCAGUCCAUUCGACUUCUCAAGCACGUCAUUCGAUGUUAUUUGAGGUUGAGUGAAAAUCCAAGAGCAAGAGAAGCACUUCGACAGUGUUUGCCUGACGAGCUAAGAGACGCUACUUUUGCCGGUAUUUUAAGAGACGAUAUCACCAGCCAAAGAUACUUAAAUCAACUCUUGAUCAACCUCUUGGGCAACUGAACUACUCAUUGACUGUAGAACCUUACUAUUAUUUUUGUUCAUAUUUUCAAUGUUAACAACAUCUGUAAAUGCUGUAAUCAUCUUUGAUUCUCCCCCCUACAGUUUUGGAUUAUUUCUCCCCUCCGCCUUGGUACAUACAAAAUACACUCACACUGCACUGGGAUAGAUUCACAGUACAUUUUUGUACAUCAAAUGUCAAUAUGGUACCGUAAUAUAAACAGUAUAUAAAAAAACUAUAUAAAACUUCUUUAAAUGUUGAAAAUAAACGAGUAUACUGUCUCA